AUGUUUGAUCAAACAAAUGAGCUGGUCAGGAGUUUCUGUAGAGUUGCCAGGGAGGUCCAGGAUCCGGUUAAUCACAAUUUGCGGCUAAGGAUAACAGGUGCUCGCGAAGAAUCCAACCGACAGUACGCUCUACCCACUGGUUCAGAUAUAGAGGGACUGCAGCGCAUAAACUGCCUUAAUCCAAAGUUACAUGCUCUACAAUUCCCUAUCCUUUUCCCCUACGGGGAGGACGACUUCCACUUGGGUAUAAAGUAUAAUCCUGUCCAUGCCUCGCUAAAUUCAAAAAGGAAGAAUGUAACUGAACGAGAGUUCCACGCAUUUCGACUACAACACCGUGCCAGUGAAGGACAGUCUUUGAUGCGUGGGGGCAAGGCUCUACAGCAUUACUGCGUAAAUGCAUUUUCGGCUAUCGAGCAGAAUCGGUUAAAGUUCCUAAGGCUUAACCAACCGCUCCUGCGUGCUGAACUCUACAAAGGAAACGAGGUGGGAACGAUUUUGCCAGCAACAUAUACAGGUGGCCCUCGGUACAUGAAGCAUCAGUAUCUUGAUGCCAUGGCCAUCUGCAGGCGCAUAGGAAAUCCGGACAUGUUCAUCACAUUUACAUGCAAUGCACAGUGGCCUGAAAUAACCCAAGCCUUUCAGACAGUAUGGCUGCAUGAGAAUGCUAAACUCAGAACUGUCGAAUCCAUCGACUCGGUUAUCUCUGCCGAGCUCCCAGAUCCACAAAAGGACCCUCUUGGCUAUGCAGCGGUGACAAAAUUCAUGCUUCAUGGACCAUGCGGUCAGUGCAACCAAAAAUCUCCGUGCAUGGUCGAUGGAAAAUGCAAGAAAUUUUUCCCAAAACCUUUCAACUCGAUGACUACUUAUGAUCACAAUGGCUACAUUGUUUACCGCCGCAGAGAUCAUGGCCAGACUUUUGACAAGGGCAAUGGCAUUCUUGAUAAUCGAUAUGUUGUGCCAUACAAUCGAAACCUGCUGGUGAUGUUCCAGGCUCACAUAAAUGUUGAGAUCUGCCACAAAGGAAGACUUAUCAAGUAUUUGUUCAAGUAUGUGACAAAAGGGCCCGAUCGUGCAACAGGCUUACAGUCAGUUCUAGAGGAUCCAGAAAAGGCAAAGACUAUGUUGACAGAAUACUUCACUCUCAAUCGUGUCGAUCCGGAGGCCAGAUCAAUACCAUACGCAGAUAUCCCAUCUCACUACACAUUCCAUUUACGACCAAAACAUUGGGCGAGACGAAAGCAGGGUAAUGUUAUCGGUCGCAUUGUUUUUAUCCCGCCCGGGACAACGGAUGUAUAUUUUCUUCGUCUGUUGCUUACAAAGAUCAGCGGUGCUACGAGCUUUGAGGAUCUCAUGACUGUUGAUGGAUACCUAUGUAAAGACUAUGAAGAUGCAUGCCUCAGGCGUGGUUUUUUGAGCGAUGAUGAUGAAUCUCAGGCAACUAUAGGGGAGGUUGGACAGUGGGGAAUGCCGACCUUGCUUAGAUCUAUGUUUGUCUUACUUUUGUUGCAUUCAGAGGUUGCUGACCCGCGAAAGUUGUUUGAAGAUAAUUGGAAACUUCUUGCAGAUGAUCUAUGUUAUCAAACCCGCAGAGCUCUGGACCUACAGUACUUUCAACCACCACCUGAAUUCCUACGCAGUGAGGUCUUGAAGCACAUUGAAACUCUUUUGCAUGCCCAUUCUAAGGAGCUUGCCAACUAUAAUCUGCCACUUCCAGUCAGAGACAGCGACGAAUUGCUUGGGAACAGGCUGGUUUGUGAGCACCUUAACUAUGACCUAUGCAUGCAACAACGCACAGCAGACGAGAUCUUUGCAACACUCAACCGUGAACAAAUUGAAGCCUAUCACAAUAUUAUGGAAUCUGUCAACAGUGGGGUGGGAAGGUUUUACUUUCUAUAUGGACAUGGUGGUACAGGAAAGACUUAUUUGUACAACACAAUAGUGGCAAAACUUCGCAGUCAGUAA